GGAGGACCCAGAGCCCCCCCACAUUAAAGAGGACCAGAAGAAAGUCUGGACCAGUCAGGAGGGAGACCAGCUUCAAGGUCUGGAGGAGGCUGGUAUCAAGUUCUCAUUCACAGUGAAGACUGAAGAUGAUGAAGAGGAAGCUCAGUCCUCUCAGCUUCAUCAAAGACAAACUGAACACAUGGAAACAGAGUCUGAUGGAGAGGAUUGUGGAGGACCAGAACCAGACAGGAACUCAGAUCCAGAUACUGAUGAGAAGACCGGAGACUCUUCUGAACCAGAUACUGAUGAGAAGACCGGAGACUCUUCUGAACCAGAUACUGAUGAGAAGACUGGAGACUCUUCUGAACCAGAUACUGAUGAGAAGACCGGAGACUCUUCUGAACCAGAUACUGAUGAGAAGACUGGAGACUCUUCUGAACCAGAUACUGAUGAGAAGACCGGAGACUCUUCUGAACCAGAUACUGAUGAGAAGACUGGAGACCCUUCUGAACCAGAUAAUGAUGACUGUGGUUGGAAGGAGACCAGAGAACCUCAAUCAGGUUUAAACUCUCAGAAUAAUAAUGAAGUUCAUGUCAGUGAUUCAAAAUGUAGUGCUGGUGAGAAACCAUUAAGCUGCUCUAAAUGUGGGAAAAGAUUUUACCUCAAGGAAGUUUUGAAGAGACACAUGAGAAGCCACACAGGAGAGAAACCCUUCAGCUGCUCAGUCUGUGAUAAAAGCUUUAACAAAAAUUCAAAUCUGAAGAGACACAUGAGAAGCCACACAGGAGAGAAACCCUUCAGCUGCUCAGAGUGUAAGAAAUCUUUUGCACGCAGAGGAGCUUUAAAGUCACACAUGAGAAGCCACACACGAGAGAAACCUUUCAGCUGCUCAGUCUGUGAUAAAAGCUUUAAGUGCAAUUCACAUCUGAAGAGACACAUGAGAAGCCACACAGGAGAUAAACCUUUCAGCUGCUCAGAGUGUAAGAAAUCUUUUAGAGAGAGUUCAACUUUAAAGUCACACAUGAGAUGCCACACAGGAGAUAAACCUUUCAGCUGCUCAGAGUGUAAGAAAUCUUUUAGAGAGAGUGCAACUUUAAAGUCACACAUGAGACGUCACACAGGAGAGAAACCCUUCAGCUGCUCUGUCUGUAAAACAUUUUUUACAACAAGGGGAGGUUUAACGGUGCACAUGAGACGUCACACAGGAGAAAACUCCCUUUAGUGGUUCUGGUUUUCCGUCACCAAGACCUUGAGGUACUGGACUCCCUCUCUUGGGGCAGUGACUCACUUCCAACUGGGAGGACUCUAUCCAUCGAUCUCCGUCAGAGAACCACGGCCUCAGACUCGGAGGUCCUGACUCAUCCUGACCAGUUUUAAAGAGCAGUUUCUGUGAUUACUGUCAUAAAUAUGUAGACUUGU